CUCUCUCUCUCUAUGUAGGGUUAGGGUUUGGGCUCUCCUCUCUCCCCAUCUACAGCCUAGGGUUAGGGUUAGAGUUUAGAGUUUUGUAGCCGCAUCUCGAUCCCCAUCUACGCUCCGCAAUCCUCUAGUUUAGGGUUACGUUAAGGGUUUCGUACCUGAUCCUCUCGCUCGCUGAGAUGAUGCAACCAGGUGGGGGAAUGGUCCAGCACCCGAUGGAUCAGCAGCCGCCGCAGCAGCCGCAGUGGGCGGCGGCGAUGGCGCCGCCGAUGCCGCAGACGCAGUACUACCAGGGGCAGGUGACGGGGCCGCCGCCGCCGCCGCCGAUGUGGGGCCAGCAGCCGUCGCAAGUGGCGCCGCCGCAGCCGCAGCAGAUGGCGCCGCCGACGCAGUACCAGGCGUCGCCGAUGCCGCAGCUGGCGUCGGCGGAUGAGAUCCGGACGCUGUGGAUCGGAGAUCUGCAGUAUUGGAUGGAUGAGAACUAUCUCUAUGGAUGCUUCGCCCACACGGGAGAGGUUGUUUCAGUGAAAAUUAUUCGUAACAGGCAGACUGGGCAGUCAGAAGGUUAUGGUUUUAUUGAAUUUGUUACUCGUCCUGCUGCUGAAAGAGCUCUUCAGACCUAUAAUGGUCAAAUGAUGCUCAACACUGAGCAAGUUUUCAGGUUAAAUUGGGCAUCAUCCGGAGCUGGCGAGAGACGAGGAGAUGAUGGUGCUGAUCACACUAUUUUUGUUGGGGACUUGGCAUCUGACGUUACAGAUUACUUGCUGCAAGAGACAUUCAAGAGCCGCUAUCCAUCGGUGAAGGGAGCAAAAGUUGUUACGGAUAGACUUACAGGGCGUUCCAAAGGCUAUGGCUUUGUUAAGUUUGGAGAUUUAAAUGAACAAACACGUGCCAUGACUGAAAUGAAUGGAGCAUACUGUUCUACAAGGCCAAUGCGUGUUGGUCCGGCUGCCAACAAGAAGAAUGUGGGAACUCAGCAGCAAUUCUCUACAAGUGCUCACCAGGUUACACAAGGAACAGAAUCUGAGAAUGAUCCAAACAAUACAACUAUAUUUGUUGGUGGACUGGAUCCAAAUGUUACCGAUGAGCAUCUAAAGCAAGUUUUUAAUCCAUAUGGAGAAUUGGUUUACGUGAAGAUACCUGUAGGAAAGCGAUGUGGAUUUGUUCAAUUUGUGAACAGAGCAAGUGCAGAGGAAGCCCUUCGAACACUAAAUGGAACUCAGUUGGGGGGACAAAAUAUUCGCCUUUCAUGGGGACGCAGUCCUGCAAAUAAGCAGCCUCAACAGGAGCCGAACCAAUGGAAUGGUAACUAUUACGGAUAUGGCCAGAGUUACGAUAGUUACGGGUAUGCUGCCCCACCGCAAGAUCCUAAUGUGUAUGCAUAUGCAGCUUAUCCAGGAUAUGGAAAUUAUCAACAGCAAGCACAACAGCAACAACAGUGAUGCUAUGCCGAGUUCUGUAGAGGGAGAAAACGCACGUGGUGGACGCAAAUCUUGCUGCCUCUUCACGAGAAACUUUAUUUCUAGCUUGGUUGAAUUUUCUGUCUCUCCUGUUUAGCUUUACUGGUUUUAGUUCAAAUGUGACUGUUCUAAAUUAUGACCUAGAGCUGCCACGGCUUGUUUGUUGUUGGAGAAUACGCUCUCUUUUUUUAUUUCCUCCUCUUUCUAGAGCUGCUGCAGCUUGUCUGUUGUUGGAGAAUACUCUCUUUUUUUAUUUCCUCUUUUUUCUAGUGCGAGUUUGAGUGUAUCUAUAUGAACCGUGUACUGGUAAAUGUAAUCUUAUUGAAGUUUUAUGCUUUUGAUGUUGAGAGCACUGUUUGGUCA